AUGGAAAUUUUUCGUGCAAACGACUCUUUCACAAGGAGCUGUGGUCUACAAAUGGCAGCAAAUGCGGACGGGUUACGAUUUUUGAUUAAUGGUGUUAUAGGAGACGCUGUCGCUUCUGAUCUUCACACAACCUCAACCGCUACGCUUCACCGCGCCGCUUCGGGUGCAGCCGCCUACGCAACUCUAUCAGUUCUAUUCAAUCUGCUGCUGUUCUAUGUUUUCUCCACGUCCAGACGACUACGACGUCAGAACUAUGCGAAUCCGGUUUUAUUGGCUCUAUUUGAUGUGAUCACUUCAACAUGUUACGUGCUUCUGCUCCCGGUCCAAGUGAUUUCCUAUCGAUAUGAUAUUCGAUCCGUAGCUGACAGCUGGAUACAGUACGUACGUUUCGUGCACUGUAUACAGCAUGUUUGUGUAACCAUAUGCAACUUCUUGCUUGUUGUCGCCAGUGUGGAACGACUUUUUGCCAAUUCCCCAGAGGGGAAACAGAAAACCAUCCUGGUUUUUCUGGUGAGAAGGAAAGUUGGAAAAGUUGUUGCUAUUACCUUGAUCGCUACUCUGCUGAGAGGCACAAUCCUUUUUGAAACAAGCAUUGAAUAUCUUCCUUACUGUGAUGAACUGGACAGGUAUGUCCCGGUCCUUGCCAAUCAUCUUGGAAGCGUCGCUGCUAUCCGUUAUUGGGGCAGAAAGACGUUGACAGUGAUUUUGCCAUUUUUUAUCCUCAUCUACUGCAACUAUCGAAUUGUACUUCAAUUACGGAAAAAACAAAGGGAGUUUCAGCAGCAGUCGAUUAAAAAGCGAUCAUUACGAGGCACUGUCACUUCUUCGUCGAUACGUCAUUACUACAAUGAAAAGCGAGGAGUUCGCACAGCCACGAAGACGUUAGUGCUUGUGGUAGGAUGCUACCUCCUAUCGAAUCUCGUCUCUAUAAUCAUCGGAUUUUGGGACCAUCUUGCUUCGAGUCACAUCAAAAACUACUACUACGGAUAUCUGAUUGCGUCGGAUAUUGCAUCACUGUUGACCGUCUUUGGCUGUUUGAUGCGGUUACCGAUCUAUUGUGUCUCCGAUCCUCGAAUAAGGAAAGCAGUUGGGAGGGCGUUAUUCCGUUGCCGAGUACGGACUAUUCCCACCAAGCUAUUUCCGGUUCGUCAAAAUCAGCUGGAUAAAUGGAGUAUCGUUAUGGUAUCCAACAGUUUAAGAAGCAACCUCACCGGAAUGAACAAUCAGGACUGGUUAUGUGGACGAUCUAAGCGCGCAAGGGACGAGCUUGCAUUCCUUCUUCAAAGCCGGAGAAGAAUUUUAGUGGACAUCGCGUUCCGAAUUGGUGUUAAUGGCAAGAUGGGAAACUCUGACAGUAGCAGUCAUGAAGUUUGGUUAAUGGGAAUCCCAGAAGAAGAGUUGUUGUCCGAGCGCAGAAAUAGUCAUUAUCAAUCGUUAAUGGUCAAUGUUUGA